CAUUGCCUUUCUGUACAUCAGCCUGAGGUUGCCAUGCAUGACUCAUGCCUGCUGUUUAUGGUGGGAGCAAACCCUGUGGAAGAGCAAAGGGCUCGCUGGGAGAGGAAACGCAGCCGGACGGCCAAGGAGCUCCUGGAAACCGAACACAAAUACCUUGAGCAGCUGGAUUUGGUGGUCACAUUCUUUGUGACAAUUUUAAAGGCCAAAGGGACGCUGAAACCUGCUCUGUUGGAAACCAUAUUUGGACCCCUGGAAUCCAUAUAUUCGGCCAGCCAUGUUCUGUCGCUUCACCUGGAGAGAGGGAAUCUAGGAUCAGGACUGGAAAAUUUCUAUCAGAAUCUGGAGCUUUAUGGCCACUAUGCUGAGAAUUUGGAGCAGGCAAAUAAAACAUUGAGGGAGCAAUUGAGGAAAAAUAAGUCAUUCCGACGUUUUAAGAAACUCCAGGAGGCUCGACCUCAGUUCCAAGGGAGGAAGCUGGAGGAUCUGCUUCCUUUGCCCCUGCAGAGGUUAAACCAGUACAAGCAUUUCAUCAGAGACCUUCAGGAGAACACCAGCCCAGACAGUGCUGAGUACCAGAAACUUGAAAAGGCUGUGAAAUCUGUUUCUGAGGUAUCUCAGUGGGUCCAAGACAUCAUUCAUAAGAGAGAGAACUCAUUGCAGCUACUUCGGGUUCAGAAACUGCUCAAAGGACAGAAGACCCAGGUUUUUACUCCAGGGCGCUGGUAUAUCCGGGAAGGCUGGCUUUUGGUGGUGCCUUCAAAGGGAGGAGAACUGAAGCGCAGGAUGUUCUUCCUUUUUUCUGAUAUCUUUAUUGAAACGAAGCCCUGCCACCCACUACACCUGCUGAACUCGAACAAAUUGGCAUGCCAGGCUGUCUACCCACUUCACCAGUGCGUAGUGGAUAAAGUGUUCGGCCACACGCAGAGCCAGGGAGGGCUCCUCAGUCUUUCCUUUCCACACAAGACACUGCUGUUGAUGUCCAGUGACCAACAAGAUAUUAAUGACUGGUAUCAGAGUCUAACAGCUGCAGUCAGGCUGCUGAAAGCCUGACCCACAUGAAUACAAGACAGACCUCUCUUAGUAGAAGCCUACACAGUCUUAGGGGACGCAUUUGGAGGGACUACACACCAUGCUUGUGAGAUGAUGAAUGCACAGGAGAAUUGCAUUUAGAACACACCAUGCUUGUGAGAGGAUGAAUGUGCUUUCUCAGCAGUCCCAAUCCUAAUACAGAUAUUGCAAAAAAUAGGCAUGCAAUCUAAGGGUUUGUAUAUAAAAAAAUCUGUAUCAGAAAAUUUCCCCAGUGUAGCUUAGAAGCUUCUAUCUUUUCUAAACUUUUUUUUCCUCAGAUUAUUAAGGACAAGCAGAAGAGAGCCUGACUUGCUUUCUCUCAUUAAAUGUUUUUAUCCAUCUGUCUUUCUAAAUUAGUGUGUUCACAUUUAUUUGUCUACGUAUGUCUGCCUGCUCUUUCUUCUGGGUCCUUUGAUCAAACCAGAUGUUUUGGAUAAUGGUAACAUGGGCAUAACACCCUAUUUUCAGCUAGUGCUACAGAGCUGCAGUCAUCUUCCUUCCUUGACAUGUUUUUAUUGUUCAUAUCCUUGAGUUUUUUAUCAAAAUAGUUUAACAGUCUCUGUACCUCCUCUUCUAAGAAAGUGACAGGUGGUGGAUAAGGGAAAAUUAUUCAGUGGUUAAAAUCCCUCUCAGUUUCUCAUCUGUCCCACAGAAAAGUUAAGUCUGCUGAACUAUCUGAAAUAAACUGGCAGGUAACAUAGACUCAUGCUUAUCAAACAGCAUUCACAUCUCUGAUCUGAAUCCUAAGAGAUGACACAGAUGAAACAGCACUCACCUUUACCUUCAAGGUGUGCAGUAGCUUUAUCGCUUUGAAAUGCUAUAGUGAUAAGCUUGGGCAGCAUCUCUGCUCCUGAAGCACAGGGAAAAUCUCCAGAGGGCUACAGUCAGCAUUCUGGGCCAUCAGUCACUGGUAAUGUGGUAGGGUUCAGUUUAUUAGCUUGAAAGAUCCAAUUAAGGAAGAAAUAUAGAUAAGGUAUUAUUCUUGUAUCUCACUGAAGCCUCAACAUGGACUUUUAAUAAUGUGGAAGCUUUUCACCAGUAGCAGUUUGGAUUUAUCACUUCUAUUGAGGGGGAAAACAUCUGAACAAGAUGCUAGGUCAGUGGCAAAGAGGGCAAUCUCAAGGUCAUUAGAAACAUAAAAGAUUAAGAUCUGUCUCAACACUGACUUUUUAGUAGUUUAUUUUCUCUUAUUCCUUAAGCAGUACCACAUACCUUUAAUUUCUCACUGGAUUUCAUUAAAAGAGAAGUGGUACUGUGUGAGAUAAGUAUCCUGAAGAGAAAAUUAGCAAAUUUUAAGUUCUUUCACAUAACUUGAUCUUUUUGUUUAAUUUGUUUUUCCAUACAGCUAACUCACUACAUAGGAUCACUCAUUUGUCUUAAGUUUGUGAAACUUGGGAGAGAGAAGGAAUCCAACAUGUUUGCAUGUUUGGGUUUGUUGUUUGGUUUUUUUUUUUCCCCCACUUAGAGCUACAGCUAGGACUUUCAAGUACUAGCUGUACUUGAAAACAAAGACAAAGCUAGCAAUUUAAGUUUCUUAUCUCCCAGCAGUUAUAUCACUCUCUGAAACAGUUCUACUACCAUCCCUUUUUGUUUGAAUAGGGUAAUACUGAGAUUUCUUGCAACCCUACACCUGUGGCUAAGGUGCAAGUUCUUGGUAGAGAUGACUACUCUUCCUUCCCAUAAUCCCUCCUUUUUGACACAAGUCCUUUUGAUACUGCCUCUUUUAAGACUUACCUCAGUGUUACCAUCCUACUUGCAUUCAGCCCUUACGAAACAGCAAAACUAAACCACUUGAUUAUUCACUGAAUGCUGCUGCACACUGGCUUCUAGAUAUUGGUGUAGUUCUGUCACAGUGAAGUGGAGACACUGCCCCAGAGUAGGGCUGCUGGAUCCAGAAGCUGUAACAAACCCAGUCUUUGCUGGAAUAAGUUAUUCAUGUUGAGCAACAGACACCACCUACCUGGCCUUGUGCAAAGCAUUUGACAUUGUCCCCCACAACAUUCUUGUUUCUAAAUUGGAGAAACAUGGGUUUGAUGGAUGGACCACUCAGUGAGUAAGGAACUGGCUGGAUGGUCACGCUCCCAGAGCUGUAGUCAGCAGCUCCAUGUCUGAAUGGAGAGCAGUGGCAAGUGGUGUUCCUCAGGGGUCGGUGUUGGGACCCGUACUUGUGAGAGACAAAAAAACAGGUCUGCAAGAAACACGUACUGAGAAAAACAGUCUGAGAAAGAGAUAAAAGUUGAGGCCCUCCGAGCUAAGACAUACCUCAGACACUUGCAAGACAAAACUAUAAUCAUGGGGUGGAUGGUGCUGAGGCUGAAGCUGAUAAGGCUGCCUGGAUUGCACAGGACGGGCUGGAGGAGGGAGCCCUGAGGAGACAGGAUGGCUCUGCUCUGGGGCACAUGGGCAAAAUUUCAAGGGCCAUCUCUCCAGUGAAUGAACUUUGCUUAAUUAUCAAUGAAAUGCAUAUUGAGGUUAACACCCCUCAAUAUGCUAACAAAGACUAACAAGAUCAUGCUAAUGACAUCAUCCCAUGAAACACCCCUGCCUAUACAU